UAGCCUGAUUUGUUCUUAUUUUAAUUAUAGGUUAUUGUAUGUUAAGUCAUUUGUCUUAAAUUUUUAAUGUCUGAAGAAGAUACAAAAUUCGCAAGCACGGUUAAUAAUGAUUCAAAGGAGUUAGGAAUUAAGAAAGUAUCUUCGCAAGUAGAAGAUAGGAUGGGGUUAGUUGCUCUGCAAACAAAAGGUUCGGCAAUUUAUUACAUUCUUACUAAGAAGAAGCGAUUAACAAUAAAAUAUAAUUCGACCCAAAAAAAAAUGGAUAAUGAAUACAAUCGAUACUAUAUUAGAAUUCGAACUAUUUUGGGAAUAGCUCCAAAGACAAUCCACGAGGAACUAGCAACAGCUUUAGGACCUGAUGCUCCAGCAUAUCGAACAGUUGCAAAGUGGGCCGAACGUUUCCGUGAAGGAAGAGAAGAUGUCAAUGAUGACCCUCGAUCCGGUCGUCCGGUUUCCGAACUUACAGACGAAAAUAUUGAACUGGUACGACAGGUUAUUAGCAAUGAUCCACAUUCAACUUAUGAUGAUAUUAUAGCUGAGACAUUUCUCUCUCACGGUACAAUCGAACGAAUUAUCCAUGAUCAUCUCAAGAUGAGAAAAGUUACAUCGCGUUGGGUGCCCCAUCAACUAACUGCUGAACAAAAGGAAGAACGAGUUAAACUUUGUCGUGAAAAUUUGGCCAAAUUUCGUGCUGGUUCUUGGCGAUUAUGUGACAUUAUUACAGGCGAUGAGACGUGGAUUUACCACAGACAGAUUGGUCGCAAGUCAACAAAUGCUAGCUGGAUUGCCGAAGGUCAAUCACCAGCAACUAUAGUUCGUCGAGGCAGAUUUGAACCAAAAAAUUUAUUCUGUAUAUUCUUUAAAUCAAAUAGUCCUGUUCUUGUACAUACUGUUGAUAAAGGCGAGACUAUUGAUCAUACUUAUUAUAUUGAAAAUUGUCUCAAGCCCGUUGUCAAGGAAAUAUGGAAACAAAGAAGGUAA